AUGAAUGCAACUAACUUUGGUUCAAGUUCUUAUGCGUGGUCUGUUGGAACACUAUCCGCUAAGACUGUAUACUUCAUAGUUUCAAAAUCUUGGUGGGUAAUUGGAAAGAAGUUUAUAGUUGCUUUUGAUGUUUUAUCUGAAACAUUCAAACUUGUUAAUUUUCCUUUGAGUAAAGAUCUUAUUCCUAGCCAAGGGCAUCUUAUCACAUUAAACCGGAAGAUUCACGUGUUUGUUGUUUCCGAAACUGAAGAGCUUAUUGUUGAACUCUUCAAACUCGAAGGUGAAGUAUGGCAUAAGGUUUUAUCUUUUCAGAAUUCUCAAACCGUUUCUUUCCAAAGUAGGCGGCACCAACCACAUAUAAUGCAUUACAACACAUGGAUUUUAAUGAGUGAAUGGGGACAUAUGGUUACCGUUAAACUAACAUGCGAAGAGUUGCAUUAUUUACAAGAUGUUGAUACGUUUAACGGAGUUAACGGAGCGUUAUUCAUAGAGUCUAUUAUUUCAAUGCCUAAACGACCAAAGGCUGACUCCGUAUACAAUGACAUUGAUAAAGAAAACACUCAGGAUGUUGUCCUCCCAAUUGUUACUCAAGACGAGGCAUCUCAUAGAAGGAAAUUAAGGAAAUUAUACUUGGAUAAUAAGAGAUCAAAUGGAGGAACUACAUCGUCAUCCCUCAAUAUUGUAUCCACCAAUAUUAAUUCCACUUCCAGUUCGUGUGUCACAUCAACCACACGCACAUCAUCUUUGAAUUGUAAUUAUCCAAGGCUAUCAUCCGGAAAACAUAAGUUGGUAAGCAAACCACGUAUUUCAUCUCCUAUACCAAUGAUCGAUUUGACCACAGAGGAAACCGUACAACGAGAUCCUUAUAAAGGUGUUUCUACAGAUUAUUUGAAUCAUGGUGAUCAAGUUAUUACUUGUGAAGUUUGUUAUGCAAAGUUAUGGGAUGCAGAGAAAGGAAGUGGAAGAAAAGAGGGUGGCAAAAUAUGUCAUAUGUUAUGUUGUGGUUAUGCCAAAGUUGUGUUACCUGAUUAUAAAUCUGCGACACCUUAUUAUAAAAGUCUAUUCAUGUCCAAUGAUAACGAAAGCAGGCAGUUUUUGAAGAACAUUCGAUGUUACAAUUCUAUGUUUGCGUUUACGUCAAUGGGUGGUAAGGUUGACCACACCGUUAAUACUGGUAAUGCUCCUUUUUGCUACAGAAUUAGUGGUGAAAAUUAUCAUGCUAUUGGUAGUCUUGUGCCAGAAAACGGAGGGAAACCUAAAUUUUGUCAGUUAUACUUAUACGAUACUGAAAAUGAUUUGGCAAACAGGUGUUCAGACGAUGCUUCCUCAUCAACUUCUUCAGACGAAACUGAUAAUAAGCUGAUACAACAAAUCAAAGAAAUGUUGGAUGCCAACAAUGUGCUUGUGAAAAUUUAUAGGAUGGUUAGAGAUUGCUUCCAACAGAAUCCUAAUACUACUUUAAAGCUUCGCCUUAUUGGGAAAAGAGAACAAGAUGGUCGGACUUGUAACUUACCUACUUCCUCCGAGGUUGCCGCUCUUAUUGUUGGAGAUAUUGAUAACGCUCUUGAGAAUAGAGAUAUCGUUGUCGAGACACAAACAGGUUCAUUAAAAAGAAUAAGUGAGUUGCAUCCUUCCUAUCUUGCACUUCAGUAUCCUAUUUUGUUCCCAUAUGGAGACGACGGUUACAGAAUUGACAUACCCCAUAGGGGUGUCAUUGAUGUUACUAACAAGAAACGUCCGAAUUGUACAAUGAGAGAGUUCUUUGCGUAUCGUGUACAAGAUCGUACUAACCACUUUUCAUUGAUUCUAAAUUCUCGACGGUUAUUCCAACAGUUCUUGGUUGAUGCUUAUACGAUGAUUGAGACCGAGCGACUUAACUUUAUAAGAUUUCAGCAACAUGAUCUCAGGUCUGAUACAUACGAGAGUAUCCGCAAACUAAGAUAUAACGGCCAACAAGAUUUGUCUAAGGUUAGAAAACGUAUUUUCCUUCCAUCUUCGUUUACAGGCGGGUCACGAUAUAUGAUGCAAAACUAUCUAGACGCUAUGGCUAUUUGUAAAUGGUAUGGUUGUCCAGACUUUUUUAUAACCAUUACCUGCAAUCCUAAGUGGCCGGAGGUUCAAAGGUUUCUUAAGGACACAAAUCUUAAUCCGGAGGAUAGGCCUGAUAUUUUAUCGCGAAUAUUUAAAAUAAAGUUGGAUGUAAUUUGUAAAGAUUUCAAAGACCGUUAUUUGUUUGGAAAAGCUUCAGCUGUUGUUUACACUAUUGAGUUUCAGAAGCGAGGAUUGCCUCAUGCGCAUAUGUGCUUAUUCAUGGAGAAUGAUUACAAACUUCCAACUGUAGACCAUGUUGAUCAGUUUAUUUCAGCAGAAAUCCCUGAUAUAAACCAAGACCCGGAACUAUAUACGCUUGUGAAAGACCAUAUGAUUCACGGUCCAUGUGGGCCGGAUAGAGCAACAGUUGCUGUGGUUCCGAGCAAUAAUGGAAACGAGCAAGCAGAAAAUGAUGAAAUUAAAGAGUAUUAUGGUUGUAGGUAUAUAUCAGCUUGUGAAGCCUCUUGGAGGAUUUUUUCGAAUGAAGUUAAUUAUAGGAGUCCUUUUGUUAUGACGUUGCCUUUCCAUUUUCCUGGACAACAAACCGUUUAUUUCGGUCCUGAUGAAGAUAUUAAUCAUGUCCUAAACAAGCCAUCUGUGAACUCAUCAAUGUUUUUAUCUUGGAUGCAACGUAAUCAAGAUCCUAACGACAUCGUUGCACGUACACUAACAUACGUACAGUUUCCACGUUUUUAUGUGUGGAAGCUUGACCAGCGUAUAUGGGUUCCAAGAAUAAAAGGAAAAACAAUUGGCAGAAUUCAUUCUGUUUCUCCGUAUACCGGUGAAGCGUACUAUUUAAGAAUUCUUCUUUUCAAAGUUAAAGGACCAACAUCGUUUGAUGAUAUUAAAACAGUUAAUGGUCGAGUGUACGAUACUUUUAGAGAUGCUUGCUAUGCGCUUGGUUGGUUGGAUGACGACUCGGAGUACAUUGAGGCCUACAUGGUUUCGAGUUGA